AUGUCUCAUACUAUAAAGAUAACGAAAUUUGAUGUCUCAGAUCACACAGAAUAUACCUUUUUAGUUUUUAGCCAUCAUGAUGAAGGUAUUUGGCAUUUCCGAAGGCGUUACUCAAAUUUAUUUUCAUUCCACGAAGCUUUAUCUCAAGUGAUAAAAUCUCCACUACCAAUUUUUCCUCAAAAAAAGUUCUUCUGCAGACUUUCUUUAUCUUUUAUAGAAACAAGGCAAAAGGCUUUACAAACUUAUUUCACUGAAAUAACAAAAAUCCCAGAAGUUUUUCGGUCAAAAGCUUUUAAAACUUUUAUCAAGCCAGAUGACAGAGUCAUGGUAGAAAAUCCGAAGGAAAAAAAGCCUGUUCAGUUCGAAAGAAGAAGUGAAAUUGAAAUCUAUAAGCAGCUAGAAAAUCAGUACAGGGUAAUUAUGGAGAGUUAUACAUUGAGAGUUAUUGAUCUAUCGUUUAUUGCUAAUCCUCCAAAUGAAGAGGAUAUAAUUGAAAAACAAAAUUCGUAUAGGGAUAUCAUAAAAAAAAUUGAGAUUGAAGAGGCGCAAACAAGUUUGCCAGAGGGAGAUGAAGAUAAUAAAGAAUUUUUAGAAAAGCCUGUUGGAAGCUACGAAUGAAUGGAUACUAAAAUCGAUUUAUUGAGUAAAACUAUCGAAAUAUGUCAUCUUUCUUGCGAAAACCUUUUAAAUAAAAUUUAA